CGCCCGCGCUUCAAAUCACUGAUCUCUGGGGUUGUCACACUCUCGAUUAAAUGGUGUUUUGUCUGAAAUGCUCCAUGCUKCUGUAAUUUUAAUGCACGAAUUGAGACGUAUCUUGGUGAUUCAACUUUGGCAUUUCGAUUUCGAGACAGAAAAUAUGUCGUAAGAUUUGAUCCCUGAUCACACAAAAUUAAAUGAUCCCGUUAAGUUAUUUUUUUAAAGAUUAUCUCAUCUCUAAUGUCACGGUCCCAAAUGCUGUGAUCAUCAUUCCAAAGGAUCGUUACAAUGUAUCAUUGACCCCAAAAUAACACGGAUCGCUGAUUCCAUCAUGUUAAGACCGUGUCGAUCAUGAAUGCAUAAAUUGAGACACACUCCUUAGUUUACCUUUGGAAUUUCGUUUUGAUUAGGAAUCUAUGAUAAUAUUUCGAGACAAACGAGAAGAGAAAAUAAGUCGUUUUGAAGACUAUGAAGUUUAUCUGCGCUGGUCUGCUUAAAACUGGCACUAAAUCCAUCGCUUGUGCGCUAAGGAUUCUUGGAUUCAAAGUCUGGGACUUUGAUGAGCAGAUUUUGUACUACAUGGACGAAUGGCUUGAUUUCUUUCAGCACGGCAAGCCUCUUGAUUUCUACUCCAUGUUCAAGGACGUUGAUGCCGUUGUAGAUCUACCAAGCAGUUUCUUCUUUGAAGAAAUCAUGGAAGCUUUUCCUGAUGCCAAAGUAAUUCUCUCAGAACGAGACGAAGAAUCCUGGGCAAAAAGUUUGAAGAACCAGUAUGACAUGUUAGAAAAAUCAUAUAAGAAAAAAAUUCGAAUCUUCUUCCCACAGUUCAGGAGAUUUUUAGGGAUUUUGCUCAACUACAGAAUGGCGGCGUUAGGAGUAGUCUGGGCGACGUGUCCACAUAUCUAUCGUAAACGAUACCGCUGGCACAAUGACCGAGUCAAGUCCGUUGUUCCAAAGGAAAAGUUGCUUUUGUACAGAGUCGAGCAUGGAUGGAAGCCAUUGUGUGAAUUCACWGGGAAAACGAUUCCAGAUCAGCCAUUUCCUUAUCUAAAUGUCAAAGGACAAAUCAUUAAAAGUUUUCUGACCGACACAGAGUUGGGAAGAAGAAUUGAUCGCGAGGUUAAAGCGGUCACUUGGUGCUCUGUUAUCUUGGUGGCGUUGAUUGGGACAUUUUUAGCAAUUUUGUAUCAUAACUGAGCUAUGUAAAGCUAUUGUAAAACUAUGCAGACACAGUUUUUACAGUUUGUGUUUUUAUAUAAUGAUUAUAGAUGCAUAUUAAUGUGUAAAAAUGUGUAAAACAUACUCUACCAAUGGUGACAAUUUAUUAUCAUAUUAUGACACAAGCUACUUAAUUCAGUGAAAAUACUUUGUUAAGAUGCUAGCUGACGACUAAAAAUAGUAGAGUACAAACAUUAAAUGU